AUGUCUUACAUGGUUCUUGGGCUCGCCAUCGGCGUCAUAUUCCUAUACUUUAUAAGAUCAUUUUUAGCUAGAACCAAGUCGUUUGCACCACUCCCUCCUGGUCCCCGGCCAAAACCAAUUAUUGGAAAUCUCUGGGAUCUUCCACCGCAAGGCACUCGGGACUGGUUACACUGGUUGAAACACAAAGAUCUCUAUGGUACAUACUCCCAGCAUCGGCAUAUUGCAACUACCGAUAGACUAAGAAAGAACUCUGGAAAGGCCCAGUUAGCUCCGUCACCCUCUUGGAGAAGCGUUCCGCCAUACACUCAUCUCGACCGUCGUGCACCUUUGCCCAUAUGUAAGCAUCGUCUUUUCACCACAUACACGGCCGGCUAUGGUGAUAUUAUGACCAUCCUCGAGUACUCUGAACGGCUCCGCACCACACGCAAAGUUGCGCACCAGCAGAUCGGCUCCAAUAAAGCUAUCAGCCGGUUCAGCCAUAUCCAGGAUGCGGAGGUUUGUCGAUAUCUCUUACGGAUGCUGAGGGAUCCCGGGAAUUGGCUCGAACACAUUAAGAAGCAGGUGGAGACCGGCGCGGUUAUACUGAAGAUCACUUACGGAUACACUGUUGAGCCGCACGGGCGCGAUCCUCUGGUGGAUCUUGCGGAAGACGCGGUCGGGAAGUUUUCGUUGGCAAUGGUUCCUGGGGCUUGGCUUGUGGAUUCUAUUCCUAUUUGUGAGUCUUCUUUUUAUUCUGUUAUGGAACACGUGGAGGCUGUACGCGGGCAGCAGAAGCAAAUGACCCAAGGGAGCAAUGUGCCUUCCAUCAUUUCGUACUAUCUUGAAUCAGAGAAUAUCCAGCCGGGCUCGGAAGAGGAGCAUCUUGUGAAGUGGGCUACUGCUACUCUUUACGGUGGCGGUGCAGAUACAACGGUAUCCACGAUGAUGUGCUUCUUCUUGACGAUGGCCUUAUAUCCACAUGUACAACGGAAAGCACAAGAGGAGAUUGACCGGGUCGUUGGAGCAACACGUCUACCCGGGUUCGAAGACCGCGGGAACCUUCCAUACAUCGACGCCCUCCUUAAGGAGGCCCUCCGUUGGCAUCCCAUUGUGCCUAUGGGCGUCGCCCAUAUGGCUAUGGAGGAUGAUAUGCUUGAGGGAUAUCGUAUCCCCAAGGGGGCAGCUAUACUGUCGAAUAUAUGGUGUGUUAGGCCCCGUACUCCUUACUUUCUUUUACUUACCAAACUUCCCUGUAGGGCUUUCACCCACGACCCCAACGAAUACCACGACCCAAUGACCUUUAAACCUGAGCGUUUCCUGAGUGAUAACGGCCACACGCCCGAACGUGAUCCCCAUCUCCUCGCUUUCGGGUUUGGACGUCGGGUAUGCCCCGGGCGGAACCUAGCAGACUCGAAUCUAUGGCUUACCAUCGCUCGCACUCUGGCUGCUUUCAACAUCGCCAAGCCCAUUCGCGACGGCAAGGAGGUGGAUAUACAGCCGGAGUUCCAGGCUGGUCUUAUCAGUCAUCCAGAGCCAUUUGAUGUUGACAUUAAGCUUCGUAGUGCAGGUCAUCACGAGUUAAUUCUGGCUGGUGAGAAGCAGUAUCCCUGGGAGGAGAGCCAUGCGGAGGAGUUGCGGAGGGCAAUUGCGGUACUGUAG